AUGAAGGUGGAGGUGUUGGUCCACCAGGGCCACAGCUUGUCCGGCGCCAUCCCCGGGCCGGUGGUGGCCAAGGCCGAGGUGGAGAGGUGGUUCACGGCCCCUGGCGUGCGGAGGAUCCGGCUGAAGGAGGGAGGCGUAAGGGGCUCCCUCUUCCUGCCGCCGGGGGAUGGCCCCUUUCCAGGAGUGAUUGACAUGUAUGGUGACGAAGGAGGCUUGAUUGAAUUUAGAUCCAGUCUCCUGGCUACCCGUGGUUUUGCUGCUCUUUCUCUUCCAUAUUUUGACUUUGAAGAUCUGCCUAAGGUCAUGAAAGAAUUCAAACUUGAGUACUUUGAGGAGGCAGCUAGAUUCCUACGGCGUCACCCAAAGGUGAAAGGACCAGGAGUUGGAGUGAUUGGGACUGGGAAAGGGGCAGAAUUAGCACUCUCCAUGAUCACCUUCCUGCCAGAAGUAGUGGCUGCGGGCUGUAUCUCCGGCUGUAGUUCAAACACAGUUGCCGACCUCCAUUAUGGUGAGAUGACUCUGCCUGGGCUGCGUUUUGAUAUUAAUAAGGUCAGUGUUUCUGACGCUGGUGUAUUUGACACUUUUGAAGCUCUGGAUGACCCAAGGAAUCCUGCUAAUUCUCCUUGCACGAUCCCCAUUGAAAAAGCAGAAGGUCACUUUCUCUUAGUGGUAGGGGAAGGUGAUCGUAUGUGGAAGAGCUCCUUAUAUGCAGAGCUGGUAAUCGGGCGUCUACGCCAGCACGGGAAAGAAAACUUCAAACUCUUGAGUUAUCCAGGAGCAGGUCACCGAAUUGAUCCUCCUUCUACUCCAUUUUGUCAGGUAGCUAUGGAUCGUGUUCUGGGGGUGCCUGUUCUUGGGGGUGGAGAGAGCAAAGCACAUGCCCAUGCACAGGAACACUCCUGGGGAAAGAUUCAGGAGUUUCUGCACUUGCAUUUGGGAUGAACACUUAAGCACCUGCAAGCUGUUGCAGAACAGCAGAGGACUGAGCUUGAGCCACCAAAAUGACUGGUGAAUUGGAGGGACUGACUGAGAAAAGCUUUGAAAUAUGAAAUAACCAAAUGACUACUUAGCUACAACUAUAAAUCCAAAAAGAAAGGGAUUUAGUUGGACUAGCCUAAGUUAUUUUAACUAGGUACACAGAGGAGAAGUGAAACAAUGAUAAGUAGGCUGCAUUGUAGUACAAAUUUGACAGCCUGAAUUGGUCAUGAUAUCGAGAAACAAGUAUCUGAAGAGAGUAGUAGGUACUUUCUUGCUUGUAGUAUUUAUGGCUCGGAGAAUUUAACAGCUAGCCUGCACCCUCAGCAAUGACAGACAGGACCGCACCUGGGGAAUGAUGGCAACCCAUGGAUGAUAAACUUUGACAUCAAAAUGAUGAUUCUGGCUUUGGGUCUUAAGUUACCUUAGCCCAGAACUCUCAGAUUUACAGCCAUACACACCUUAAGAAAUGUUUUCUAUUUACAUGAAGCUGGGGAUAUCUAUUUGUAAUGAGGUUCAUAUACCUUGACCUUAGGUAGUGGUCUCCUGGUGACACAGUCUGUUUCUUUCCAACAAAAAAUACCUGUAGAGUGGGAAAAUGAAGAGUACUUUUCCUGUCAUCCCAGGAGAAUGGCAGCACUAGCACUGUCUUGCAUUAGGGAUGUAACCAUCUGUUCCUAUAAUGUCUUGGGUUGGCAUUUGACACUCAGGGUAUUAAAAUUCUGUUGGAUAGGUUAAAGCAUGGUUAAAUGCAGUUAUGCUAUGUGCAAGUCUUGCUUCUCUCUUUGUUGCUUGUUUAAAACUUAAUAACACCUGCCACUAAGUUAGGGAUUAAUUACUUGUGGAACUCUUUAGUAAUGAUGUUGACAAAUGCUGACAGCUGUUCUUAGGGAGGGAGAGAGAGAAGGUUUUCUGUCUCUCAACAGAAGAGACAGUAGAAGAUUAAGACUGACUGUAAAAGGCUGUCACCUUAUGGCAGUGAUUAACUUAGAAUCAUAAUACU